AUGACAUUGGAGACCGAUCCAACAGAUGAGGACAGUUACCAUGGUUACAAAUCGAGUGAAGAUUUGGGGAUAGCAGAUGAGGUUCUCCAGUCCAUCAGUCUAAUGUUGAUCAUGACGGGAUCCUUACUCUUCAAUACCUUCACUAUCGUCAUAAUUCUUCGAGUGAGGUCUCUGAGGAUCAUUCCUCACAACCUUCUCAUCGUAAGCCUGGCAAUUGCAGACCUGGGAGUGGUCCUCUGCAGUAUGGUAUUUUCCCUCGUCUCUGUCUUUGAUAAAGGGUUCUUUCUGAGCUCUCACCGAAGUGUUUGCAUGGUUCAAGGAUUUUUGGCAAUCAUGUUAAGCUUCACUAAUCUCCCCAUCAUCUUGUCGAUCGCAGUGGAUCGUCUGCUUAUCCUUGUCUUUUCCCGCCAUUUCCAACCAAGCCGGGUGCGUGUUCUCGUCAUGAUCGUCACGUCUUGGCUAGUCGGAACAACCGUCGCGUCCGUUGCGGCAAAACGAGGGAACGAAUCGUACAUCGGCUACCAUCCGGGAACUCUCCAUUGCUCGAUCAAGUGGUGGGAUGAUGCGUCAUUCCGCAUCAACGCGAUUAUAGUGAACUAUGGAUUUUUCGUACCAUCCCUGCUUGGUUGCUAUGUCGUCAUCACUUACCGCUUAUGGAAGGAAGAAAAACGACUAAGUCGUCAUUGCCUGUCGAGGUCGAACGCAGCGUCCAAAUGGACUGGACCAUCUACUGUGACGGUGUCAUCGGGUCCAACAGAGGGCGUUGCAUCUAAACCAACAGAAGAUGGAUUACGAAACGCUCGACAAGAAAGCAAUGAGGACUGGAUAUUCAGACACCAUGCCGCAUCGAACCAAGAGAGAGUUGUGGAGGUCAUUGACCCCCAUGUAAAUCAUCAAGUAAUGAGCGAACCAGUUAGCGACAAUACUAGCGUGACAAAUAACAUGACGUCAGCAAGGAAGAAUAGACUGAAGAUUGAGAAGCGUAAGCAUAUCGCACACAAGAGAGUUGCAAUAUUGGCCAUUUUGUUGGUCAUGGCGGUGGUGAUUUGCUGGACUCCAUACCUCCUCUACCACUCAAGACUCAUCGCUGCUCACGACAGCAUUCGCCUGGGAGUGUUUACCAUGUGGAUGGGAUAUUGUAACUCCCUCAUCGACCCUCUCAUCUACGCCUUCGUGAACAGGAGCUUCAGGGCGGAGAUGCAGCGAGCUUUCAGGAGUUUGUGGCGUACUGUGACGUCACUUGGAACAAGACAGCCUUUGUAAUUGUAUACAGACA